AAGAGGAAGAGAGUUUGCCGCCUUGCUAAGGGACACUUUGCUAGGACCGAACAUGUAAGCUGAAAUACAGAAGGAUAUAUUCAAAUGAAAAGAGCAUUUAAUGAUGUUUGUAUUCUUCUGGUUUAACGGCAGCUGCAUGACACAAACAUCAUGCACACACCCACUCGCUUGCCAUGAAUUCUCUGGACAAUGAGCAGUUCUAUUCACACAUUGGACAUUACAGCUGUCAGGCUGCCAUGGCUCCCAGCUUGGCCCAAGCAUACAGGAGGAGGUGGUGGAUGGCCAUCACAGCCAUCAUAGAGAACCUGCUCUUCUCUGCCGUUCUGCUGGGCUGGGGCUCACUGCUCAUCAUGCUGAAGAACGAAGGCUUCUAUUCCUACCUUUGUAUCGAAAAUGUGAGUGUCAACGCCAACGUGACUGCUCUGGAGGACAGUGUCUGGCGGAGUUGUGUGGAGCAGGAGGAGGUACUGAACCUUGGCUUCACCAUUGGCUCCUUCCUCUUGAGUGCAGCCACUUUACCCCUGGGGAUCUUGAUGGACAGAUAUGGACCUCGCCCACUGAGGCUCAUUGGCAGUUCAUGUUUUGCAGCCUCCUGUGCUAUGAUAGCUGUUGCUGCAUAUGACCCCGAAGUGCUUUCUGGCCUCAUCUUCCUCGCUGUCUCCUUCAACGGCUUCGGAGGAAUUUGCCUGACCUUCACUUCACUCACACUGCCUAACAUGUUUGGGAAUGUACGAUCAACCAUCCUCUCCCUGAUGAUCGGCUCCUAUGCUUCUUCAGCCGUCACCUUCCCUGGUGUCAAGCUGAUUUACGACCUUGGCGUGUCGUUCCGCGUCAUCAUGUGGGUUUGGUCCGGCAUGGCCUGCACAGUCUUCAUCAACUGCUUCCUCAACUGGCCUGCUGAAUCCUUCCCGGCACCUGAAGACAUCAGAUACACUAAAAAGGUGAAGAUCAGUGGAGUUGUGACCGAGGACAAGGUGACUGGUGACAGGUAUGUCACCCAUAUGACUAUCAUGGAAGACAUGAUGGGACCUAAGCUGCUAGAACCUGAGCAGACAGACUCUCAACGCACAACCCAGGGCGCAGUGCCACUCUGUCAUUCUGUGUGCUCUCCUAUCUUCCUGUGGAGUCUCAUCACCAUGGCAAUGACCCAGCUGAGGCUGAUCUUCUUCAUGGGUGCCAUGAACAAGAUGCUGGAGUUCCUGGUCACCCACGGCAACCCCAACCCCUCAGAGGAGCUUCAGAAGGAGAUGGAGGAACAAGUUGGUUUCUACUCAUCCAUCUUCGGUACGAUGCAGCUGCUGUGUCUACUGACUUGUCCGUUGAUUGGCUACAUCAUGGACUGGAGGUUGAUGGAGUGCGAAGAGGAGAAUGCCAACACACAAACAGAGAAGAACCAAUCAGAUCCCUCAAAGAGAGACAGAAAGAUCCAGAAACUGACCAAUGCCAUGAGGGCUUUCAUCUUCACCAACAUCCUAUUGGUCACCUUCGGAAUAAUUUCCAUGAUUGACAACCUGCCUUUACAGUUGGUGUCGUUUGUUCUGCAUACCAUAGUGAGAGGAUUCAUCCAUUCCUGCUGUGGAGGACUCUACGCUGCUGUGUAUCCAUCCAACCACUUUGGAACACUGACCGGCAUGCAGUCAAUGAUCAGUGCUGCUUUCGCCUUGCUUCAACAGCCACUGUUCAUACUGAUGUUGGGACACCUGAGAGGAGAUCCUUACUGGAUAAAUUUGUGCCUUCUCAUCUUCUCACUGGCUGGCUUCCUGUUGCCGGGCUAUCUGUUCUAUCACCGUAGAAACCUGAUCAGGGCAAAGGCUGAGUGUGAUAGGUUGGCUGCCAGUCAACCAGAGAAAGAGAAUGCUCCUCUCACCCAAUCAGAUAGUGGGACUGCUAAAAGCCAAGCCAAAGGGCAUGCUAAUGGAUACUCUCCAAAUGGGCCUAGUGUUUAAGAUUAUUGAAAGCAGUGAAAUGAUGGAUUCAUAUGACACCGUUCAGUAGUUAUCUAUUCUGAGGAUGUAACCUCUCUCUGGGUUGAAAACUAUCAAAAUCAAUCAACUAUCAACUAUCAACUAUCAAAAUCAAAUUUUUUGAUUUUGCUUUUGAUUUUGAUUUUGAUUCUGAAUAUGCUGAAUAUGUCUGCUUUUUUGAACAAAACACAAAGAUCAUAUAUAGUACCACAUUUGGGCAAAGUUUACGAUGGAACAGGAAGUUACAUCAGUAACCCUAACGUCAGGCUUCUCAUUUACAAAAUGCUUUUUCACUCUUCACUAGAUGCCACCAGGAGAUCAUUCACACAUGACAAGUAAAGGUGGGUCAGUGGUGCACACUAAGUGUGAUUGACCGGGGAAUUGCAUGCUGGGAAAGUUUCCAGUCCCCUUACCCUUGACCUUAGUAUUAAGUGAUAAAAGAACAUCAGAACAUGUGCAAGGAAGACAUCCUGUUUCUGCAUGUUUUAUGCUGUUCACUUCUCAUCACACACACUAGCUAUGUUAGAGUGUUUCAAGACGUUUUGGAUUAUUGAACAUGCUUGAAACUUGCUUGCGUUAAGGGGGAACUACACCCAUUUUCAAAAUUCAUACAUGUUAUUUUCUAAGACAGAUAUUAGCAAACAUGAGCAACUCUCUCCCAAAUCCAAAAGUGAGUGUGCUAAAACUUAAAUGUGUGCAUCAUUGUUUAUAAAUAUAUACCAAUUUUCUCCACUUAAUUGCCUCUGGAGCAGCAUCUUACUUCUCCGGUUUCUGGAUUUGAGGGGGAGUAGCUUAUUAAUAGUGAUUGAUGGUGGUUGAACUUUCCUAAACCAUGGAAAUUACUUUUGGAAUUCUUUAUUUAGGUGGUGUUCCCCUUUAAUAAACAUUAAUAAUAUAGAAGCAGGCAUACGCAUACUGUAUGUUACAGUUAUAAACACUAUCUGUCAUCUUGACAUGAUAAUUUAGACGUGUUUUUAAUGUCUACUUAAAGGAUAGCUUCACAAUUGAUUAAAGUCUGUCUUCACACAACAGUCCUCUGCAGAUAUGGACACUGAAUAUGUUUUUGCUUGCUGUGAUCAAUCUUCAUGUUGAUACUUUUUCCAUGGAAGUUAUGGGGCACAACAUCCACAUUUCUUGCUCUGAACAAAACCGUUUAUUUAGUUUUAAGAGGCUUCAGCAGUCUGAGGGAAAUCAAGUGGAUAAUUGCACACUUGUUUUCAAAUUCCCAAUUUAUGUUUUCCUGAACUUUUUCCCUGUUGGGCUGCAGUAGAGGGAGAGUAACACAAAUAGGGAAUCAAUUACUAAACACAUUGCAACUUUGGACAAUAUUCACAUGAUUUGGACUGUUGAAACAUCAUGUUAGCUUCAGAUACACGGUUCAAUACUACAGAGGGCUGUGGACGUGCAUUAAAGGGCAUUACGGUCCAUGGCCAGUAUGAACACGAGGAAUGAGUACAGCAGUCAGUGUUCAUAUGGCCAACUCACGAUCAUGAUUUUGAGGCAGACUUGAAAAAUGGUGAAUCUGCCCUUCAAGAUUAAUUAGCUGUAAAUAACAAAAUAUUAUUUGUAAUCCUAAAGAAAUUAGACAAAUAUGGUCACUACAAAAAUGUUUUAUCUCAAGAUAACUAGAUGAUUAAAAUGAGACUAUGUAAGAAAUACAUGAAUGGAAAGUUGAAUUCAUAAAUAUUGACACAUAUACACACUUUUGCUCAAUUCUAUACACUCAGGGAUUUUGUUUCUACCACCUUACUUGAUCCAGUAAGAACAGUAGCUUAGCCUAGCUGCUGUUGCACACGUUAGCUAGAUAGUAACCUACGACCACUAAGCCACUUUGCUGAGACUUCUCCAAGUGACAAUCAUCCUGUAAUUAUCACUCCUUAAGUCCCACCCCUUCUCGGUCUGCGCUCCUGUAACAGUUGUAAUGAGCGAGCUUUGAAUUUGGCAGAACCUCCAUCAACUUUCCACUUUCCUGUUAUACUUUACUUUACGAUCUCUUCUUUGGUUCCACAAUCUUCACAGACACAUUAUUAUAUUGUACACAGUUACUCCGAGGAAUGGACAAAGCGGCCCUUUAGAAAACCUCUCUGGUCAACCUGCAUGAUUUUGUCUGAUUUGGUUUGUUUGUUUGUAUUAUACUCUGCUGUGUGCCACCCCAAAUUUAUUUGUUUUGUUAUUUAUUUUGAUAUACACAACGUCUUGCAUCCCAAUGGUAAAAGUCACCUGGGCAUAAUGUAUCAUCGUGAACAUGGAUUUCAUUGCAUACUGCAGGUCUUGCUCUCGACUUCUUGAAGCUAUAUUACCAGGUGCCCAGAAAUCAAACACACUGCGGCACCCGGUUAUACCGAACUAGCAUCAAAGAGAUGAUAUUCAUAAAUAAAAAGCUAAUUGUUUCAUUGCAACAUCAGCGCGCAGCAGCAAAGCUACGCCUCCACCAUUUUGGACUGAAUAUCGAAGAACAGUUAGACAUCCUAAAGAGUAUUCUUUGUCAUAUAUUUUCUGUAUCUAUUGAAACAGUCUGUGGUGAAAAGUAUAAAUAUCCUAAAUAUGCAUACUAUAACUAUUUAUAUAUUUAUUCACAUUGUGACUUAAAGGAAUACUUAAACCCUAUUAUGACCAUCUUCAUAUUAAUAACUUACCUUGGAUUCUUGAAGAAACCUUGUUUUCCCUCUCACGGUGAACACAGAAUCAAACGACGGAGAAAAGUCUUGAUGAAUUGAAGUGAAUAUGAAAAAUGACACACAACUGGUGAAGUAUAAUUAAAGUGUCACGUAUCUAGUCACAUGCAUCAUGGCCUGUUUUAAACUGUAAGGUUUUAGUGUAGAUGCAUGUGGAGGCACACAAGAAAAACUAAUUGUCAUUUUGGGGGUCAUGUAUUUCUUUAUUGAGUUUGAAAAAAACAACUCAUUUAAACAUUUUCUUUAAGUUUUAAAUCUGAGUAUGAAAUGACAGACUCAUUAAACAUUUUUUUAUGUUUAAUGACAGACCACCACCCCCCUUCUCCUCACCUGUGCAGGCACAGUUAUGGAGUUAAUGUAAGAAAAGUUAAGUGUCAAUAUAAUUAUACUGUUGCAUUAAAGAAGCACUUGAAUGUUACAAAGCCAGCACGCCGUGAGGAAUAAGGACUUGAAACGGUUUUGCUGUGAAUGCCAUCAGACGGAGAGCGCCACAUGGCUGCCAGUACAAUCUGUCAAUAGAAUGCUUGUGCAGCGGUAAUACAAGAAAGGUGACAAUUGUUUAAUGAUGAACUAUAAUGAGUGGUUACAUAAUGAUAUGUAAAAUAGUUACAGUUUGUAUAUGUGACAUACUGUGCAUGCUUUGGAAGAUGUGGAAGUGCCUUCUUUUAAAAGAACACACACAAAUACAGAAAGCACCUUGCUAUGGACAGAAUAUGCAGCAGGUCCAAUCAAAUACAGAAACGUUGGCCUUUUAUAUUAUUCUGCAGGGAAUUGACAUUAUAGGCUUUAAGAGGUCCUAUUUAUUGUAUCACAGCACAUAGUACAGCUGCUGCUUGGAUGAUGUUCACCUACUGAGUGAUCAACAUCAAAUGCAGGAAGUAAUCAGAAUCAGAACCAUUUAUUGCCAGGUACGUUGGACAUACAAGGAAUUUGUCUUGGCGGGUGGUGCAUAACAUUGGACAAUAAGGCAAAUAAGACAAAUGAACACAGUUCAAGUAAUAAGUAAAAGAUGUGUAUCAUCUUUCGAACCAAAUCACCGGGCAGAAUGUAAUUAAAAAUAAUUGUCCAAUGUAAAUAACCUUUCUCAAAGUAUUGUGUUGCAUUUUUGGGGGAUUUCCGACUUGAUUUGCAUUGUUGCUUUGUUUUGUUGUAAAGAAUUUAAAAAAACGUUUGAAAUUCUG